UCAGGAUAGGUGGUUUCCGAAGCCGGUGGGGCGCUCGUUUGGGGAGGGCUAGUAUGUGCUGCUGAGAAUUUAUCCGUUUUCAUGCUGUACGUUCUUUCAUCCGUGCCGAUGAGCCAUGCUAAGGGAAAGCAAUAAUAACGUCCGCUUCUCCCCUAAAAAGUCCGAAAACGCCCUGAUUGAGGAAUAUAGGCGAGAACUUGAACUGUUGAAGAAAGAAUUAGAAAGUGAAAAGUUAAGGACGCAAGAAGCCAGGAAAAAGUGCACGUCUGAGUUGAAACGGUGUAAAGAGACAUUUGAAAGCGAAAAAAGGAAGCUGGUGGAUGAUUUGAAAUCUAGAUUGGAGCAGCAGAAAACGCGUGAGCUGCAGCAGCUAGAAGACUCGGCACUACGGGAAAGAGGGUUAGAAAUAAAGCAGCUGAUGAGGUGGAAAGAUGAGGAACUAAGAGAGCUUCAGACAUUACUGCAGAAGGAGAGGGAUGCAGCCGUCCGACAGGCCAGGGAGCUACAGAAGCAACUGAUCGAUGAGUUGUUGAAUAAGGGUUACACAGCAAAGUCUAGCAAUACUAGAAUAUCCGAGCCUGACUUCUCAUCUGCCAGGGAAUGCCAGUGCAAACUUCAGGAUGUUCUGUCCAAGAUUCGUUGGGAAUAUGACAGCGAACAGGCCGCACGCAUUCGGCACCUAAAAGUGGAAUUGAACUUGGCCAGACACCUCUUUAUUAAAUACAUUCUGGACAGCAAUAACAGUAGUUUAUUGGCUAUUUUUAAGGGAAAAUCAAAGCCUUUGGAUUGUGGGGAAAUAAAAUUUGGACGCUAUUCUCUUGGUAGCCGUACCACCAGGCCAUGGUCACUGGAAGAAGUAUCGCCAGGACCACAGCGCCUAGACAGUGUUAGACCUAGGCCACAAUCUCAUGAGAGUGCACUGUCAAGGGCAAGGUCUCUUGAGUGCACGUCCCCGGCACACGAGUCCGUACUUGCCUUCAAUGAAAAGUUAUGGGAAUUAAGUCCAGAGGAAAGAGUCAAACUAUACGGUCUUAUAGAUUGCCAUGAGCAUUGCAUGUCAGAUAUUGUCAACUGUUUGGAAGCGAAAAAUGACUUUUUUGCAUGGCAGUCCUUCGAGAACGAAGUGCAGCCGUUAUCUGAGACCACUUGUCAGGAUAUUUCUCUGAUGACCGGUGGAACUAACUGUACAAACUCGAUAGAAGCACUUGAUGCCACCAAAAGCCGUGGUGCACAGAAUGUAGAUAGUUUGCAGCUUUCACUGGUGCCAUCGGGCAGUGAGCAUCUCGAGGUACAGGUGCAGAACGGGGCUCCCCCAAUGGAGCCGAUGGAUGUGGACCUGAAAGCAGUGAUGCUUCCCCCUGAAGACUCGGCAGUGGAGCGGACGGUCGCCCCGGAGAUCCAGAACUGUAUCAGAUUGGUUAACGAGCCGAUAGAAAAGGUUUCUGCUGAUUCCACGAGCUUGGACGUCUCAGUCACCAUACUGUCUAGGACUAAGCUUCAGGCCUCCUUAUCUACCCCUUCCAGCAACCCCAUCCCUUCUAAGAAGCGCAAAAUAUCCGUUAUUUCUUCUUCUGAGGGUGAAGAGGUUGAAGUGGCCUCUGCCUCGUCCAGACAAUUUCCUAAUGAGGAACCCUUGAGGUUCAGGAUGGAGACCAUCCCAUCCACAAUCCCUCUGAUUCCAAAAGGGGCAUUCAUGUCGUCAAUCGAUCUGAAGGACGCUUACUACCACGUCCCCAUCCAUCAUCUUUCCCAAAAGUAUCUAAGAUUUGCUCUAAGAGGACCAGACAGGUCUAUACAUCAUUUCCAAUAUGUCGCCCUCCCUUUCGGUAUCUCCUCGGCCCCCAGGGUCUUCACAAAGAUCGUAGUAGAGAUGGUGGCCUGCCUUAGUCAGGAAGGAAUUACAAUUAUUCCUUAUCUCGACGACUUUUUAAUUCUGGGCAAGACAGAAUCCGAGAACCUUCUGGCGACCCGAAGAUUCUCGGAACUCUUAAAGAACCUCGGAUGGAUUAUAAAUAUAAAAAAAUCCACCCUAACCCCGUCCAUGAGAAUAAAAUUCCUGGGUGUGGAAUUAGAUUCGGCCCAGCUGAUGACCUUCCUCCCUCAGGACAAAGCUUCUGCACUGACAGAGAAAGUCAGAUCAUUCCAGAGGGCUCGCAACUGCUCCAUCAGAAAGGCCAUGAGUCUCCUAGGAAGCCUAACCGCCUGCAUUCCCUCGGUGGCAUGGUGCCAAAGCCACACAAGAAUAAUCCAAAGUUGGAUCCUAUCUAUCUGGGACGGGAGACAGUUAAGUCUAGACAGGGUCUUUCGGAUCCCUCAGUCCGUAAAAACAGACUUGGAUUGGUGGAAAGUAAAAAAGAAGACUUCUAGGAGGCCUUCAGUGGCGGAACCAUCCAGUCGUUCAAGUAAUCACGGACGCAAGCCUCGGAGGCUGGGGAGCGAAGAUAGGAGAUCAUCUUCUACAAGGUACCUGGCCCGCCGAGAUAAGAGACAGAUCCUCCAACUACCGAGAGCUUUACGCAGUCCUGGAAGCAUUAUUAAAAGGAGAGUGCCUUCUAAAAGGGCGACAUCUAAGGGUAAUGUCAGACAAUACCACAACGGUGGCUUAUCUGCGUCACCAGGGGGGAACAAGAUCACGGCCUCUUGGCGAGAUAGCAAAAAGAAUUUUCUCCUGGGCAGAAGUAAACACUUUAUCUCUGUCCGCCAUCCACCUAAGGGGCUGCGAAAACACAGUAGCAGACUUUCUGAGCAGAGAGAUAGUAGACCCAGGAGAAUGGUCUCUGAACAGGAAUGUCUUCCAAAAGAUCUCGGAAAGAUGGUGCUGUCCAGAGGUAGACUUAUUCGCCUCCAGAAAAAACGCGCAGGUAGACUGUUUUUGCUCCCUAAACCCAGGAGACAAUCCGUGGGCAAUCGAUGCUCUAUCAAUACAGUGGAAUUGGAGACUAGCCUACGCCUUUCCCCCAAUACCACUACUACCUCGGGUCGUCCAGAAGCUCCUGGAGGAACCGACUACUCUCAUCCUGAUAGCCCCUCUUUGGCCAAAGAGAAGUUGGUUCUCCACUCUAAGACAGCUAUCACUGGAAGAUCCGUGGGAGAUUCCCUUCCAGAGGGACAUUCUAGUCCAGGGCCCUCUUCUUCAUCCAGACCCAGGCAUAUUCAGACUGUCAGCCUGGAUCCUGAGAGCGAGACACUAAGAAGCAGAGGACUUUCGGAAAAGAUCUGGAAGAAAUACUGUUCCUGGUUAGGAGUUGAGCGCCCAGACACCACCUCUCCUCCUAUCAACAGAAUUUUGGACUUUCUACAGUGCGGCCUCGAGUUAGGCCUUAGACCUAGUACUUUGAAGGUCCAAAUUUCUGCCCUCAGCUCCUUCUAUGACUGCAGCCUGGCCAACCACAGAUGGAUCAGGAGGUUCUUUAGAGCGGUUGCAAGGUUGAGAGCCUCCCUGAGAUCCAGAACUCCGACCUGGGAUCUUAAUACCGUACUAGAGGGCUUAACAAAACCUCCAUUUGUACCUUCGUCGGAGAUCUCUUUAAAACACCUUUCCCUCAAGACUGCCUUUCUGAUCGCUAUCACCUCAGCCAGACGCAUUGGGGAGAUCCAGGCUUUAUCGUGUAGAGAGCCCUACCUCCAAAUUAACAAGGAUCACAUCCGUCUAACUCUCGACCCAGGCUUUCUCCCUAAAGUAGUCUCUCCUUUCCAUCUAGAGCAGGAGAUCUUCCUACCCUCUAUCCCUAGGUCCGAACAUGCAGGGUCUAGUGAUAGGUUACAUCUCCUGGAUGUUAGGGACAUAGUUAUCCGUUACCUGGAUUCUACCAGAGAUUUUAGGGUGGAUGACAAUCUCCUUAUUCAGUUUUCAGGGAAGAAUAAAGGAAAGAAGUUAGCCAGGUCUUCCAUAGCUAGAUGGAUCAAAUCCACUAUUGAAUGCUGCUACAAGAUCCAGAACAAAACCAGUCCUGCCAGCCCCUCCCCUCCCCGGCCUGCAACCUCUGAGUCACACACUGUACAGGAGGGAGUCUAAGAAUCGAAUGAGUCACAGGUUAAAAGACCGGACUUGCUGAGUGCGCUACGAGAAUUGGAGCAGCGCUGUAAAGAUUUGAAAGAAGAAAAUAUCAUAUUGAGAAAAAGCUGCAUUCCAGAGACUGAGGAGAAGGUGAAAAGACUAAAGAGGAAAAACGCAGAACUUGCAGUUAUAGCCAAACGUCUGGAAGAAAGAGCGCAAAAGCUACAAGAAGCCAACCUGAAAAUGGUGAAUACCCCAAUACACCUAAGGGGGACCAGUCUGGAAAUGUGUAAGAAGGCAUUUGCACUCCAGCGAGCCAAGGAUAUGAGUGAACAGGCUAGUGCUUUACUGGCAAAAGACAAACAGAUCGAAACGUUAAAGCAAGAGUGCCAAGAGCUGCAAGCUAAACUGUCGGCUGGAAAGGAUUUUCCAAGUUACUUGAAGCUGAGUGACUUUAACCGUUUGUUACAUGAGUCUCAGAAGGAAGUUCUACGGUUACAGAGGCAAAUUGCUAUGAAAUGCUUGAAAGAAUCCCUUAAUUUGUCGAGAUCUGAGGCUCAUAGUUCGCCUGUGGAAGCUAUGUGUGCAAGACUGGUUCCUUCAGAGCAACCUACAAGGGAUCCAGACAAUUGCAUAAUGGCAACAUCUGUGGACCCUGUUAAGGAGAUUGAAUUAAGUAGGAAACGGAAAGAAUGUGAAGUUUUAGAGCAAGAGGUAACAAAGAAGCAGAAGAGAUGUGAAGAAUUGGAAGUCAAGCUUCAGGAGGUGCAAACAGAGAAUGCAUGUCUUGUGGAAGAAAACUCGAGGCUCUGCAUCAGAGUAAAGAGGGCGGCCAAGGUUGAGUCUGAAAAUGCUGACUUGAAAAGACAUCUAGUUGAGGUGACUGAGCAACGGGAUUCUGCUCUUGAGGAGAUUCAUAGAUUGCAAAGCAAGCUGGAGAACUUAGAGCAAGUGCUGAAGCACAUGCGAGAUGUGGUGGAGAGAAGGCAACAGCUGGAGAAAGAUCAUGAAGAUGCAUUACUAGCUCUGCAGAAAAGGCAGGAGGAAGUAAAGCGUCUUCAGCAGGCCCAGGUUGAAGCUAAAAAAGAACAUGAAGGAGCAGUUCAGCUUCUGGAGAACACUUUGGAUACUUUACAGUCUAAUGUGAAGCUUUUAGAAGAGAAAUGUCGUAGUCAGACAGAGCAGUUCAGCCUCCUAUCUCAAGAGCUGGAGAGAUUUCGCCUACAAACUGGGAACAUUGAUCUUUUAACCUCUACCUUGGUGACUUCUGAGCUGCCUCCACCACAGUCUUGCUCUACGCCAGGCUUUACUCCGGCUCAGCAAGAAACAGAAGAUGAGUUCUCCUCCUGGGAUGUGAUCAGUUGGGUAGACAUUAGCCUGGAAGGCAGCAGUGCAAGCAUUAUUUAUCUCUCAGUGGAGGAUUUAAACCACCCUGUUCUCUCGACAGUGGAUGAAAAGAUUAAGGAUGAUAAAGAGAAAGAACUGCCUGAAGGACCAGAACCAAGCCACGAUGUCAGCAAUGCUGAGGCCCCGAAUCAAGCGGUUGCCAAAGGAAAACGAAAGCUUGAAGCUCCGCGCACCCCAUCGAAAUCAGAAUCCACACAUGAUAGUUCCAAGUCUUGUCCCACCCCAGAAGUUGACACUGCCAGUGAAAUGGAAGACCUGGAAGCAGACAGUGUUUCAUUAAUUCCUGAACCGGAAACCCGAUGCAGUGCUAAAUUGCAAGUUUUCCUUGCACGAUACAGCUACAAUCCCUUUGAUGGUCCCAAUGAAAAUCCUGAAGCAGAACUCCCUCUCACAGCAGGGGAAUAUAUUUACAUCUACGGGGACAUGGAUGAUGAUGGAUUUUAUGAAGGGGAAUUAAUGGAUGGAAGGCGUGGACUUGUUCCUUCAAACUUUGUGGAACGUGUCUCUGAUGACGACUUGAUCGCCUUUCACCCAGCUGAAACCAAUGAGCUGUCACAGAGCUCUGGACAAGACAUUAGCUUUUUGAGUGGAAGCAGUAUGGAGAGAAGUGAAGAAGACGAUGAUGGAAGCAGCCUCAGUCCAUUGCCAAUGCAAGGAAAUAGUGAGGGAGCUAGAGAUGUCUCAGCUGUGCCUUACCCUCGAAAGCUGGCCCUCAUUAAGCAGCUUGCUCGUAGUAUAGUGGUUGGAUGGGAACCUCCUCUUGUAGCAGCCGGCAGUGGAAAUAUCCUAAGUUAUAAUAUUUAUGUAGACAAUGAACUUCGACAAAAUGUUCGCUGUGGUGGACAAACUAAAGCCUUGAUCGAAAAACUUGAGUUGAAAACUCGUACUUAUCGCAUUUCUGUACAGAGCAUGACAGACAGCGGCUGCUCAGAUCGGAUGCGUUGCACUUUGUUGGUUGGCCAUGGUUACUCACUUGCUCCAACACAACUACGCGUUCGCAGCCUUUCCGCAACAUCUGCCGAAAUUACGUGGCAGCCAUGUAACAGCAACUAUUCACAUGCCUUGUAUCUCAAUGAGGAAAGCUGUAGCUUGGCCAAAGCAGGAACUUAUUGGUACACAUUUAGCAGCUUGAGGCCUAACACCAUGUAUAAUGUUAAAGUGGAAGCCCGACCCCAGAGAAUUCCAUUGGAGUUACCUCUGGAGAGACGAGAGCCAAAGACCACAGUUAUGCAACUAACGACUCCUGCUGCAGGUCCUCCAGAUGCCCCACUUGAUGUUCAGGUGGAACUAGGUCCAAAACCCGGUGUCCUGCUCAUCACAUGGCUACCAGUGACAAUAGAUGCAGCAGGGACUUCUAAUGGAGUCAGAGUGACGGGCUAUGCAGUGUAUGCUGAUAGCCAAAAGGUACUUGAGGUCACAUCUCCAACAGCUGGGAGCGUAUUAGUGGGUACAUCUCACGUAGCACUCCUGCAGGCAUCUCGGGAAAUAUCUAUUAGGACAAUGUCCCCCAGUGGAGAAUCCAUGGACUCAGUGCCAGCUCACAUACCUGCUGCCUUUGUGAAAGUCCCUGACAGUCCUUCUUUGUCACAUACCUUUUCUGACACUAGCCUUACAUGUCAGCAAGCAUCAGGGCACAACCUGUCUUCUCCUUCUGAGAAGUUCCCUUCUAUGCCUCUUACUUCAUCAUCACCCUGUUCACUGCGUAAUCCGCCAGCCUCCGUUCCCCAAGCCAAUAUCUCCGUCUAUACAAACUGUAUUAGGGGUGACUCCAUGGACUGUCUGCCAGUUCAGGCCUCGUCACUCAGUGCUUCCUCGGGUUACUGCCAAGGAUCUUCCAGUUCAGAGCCUGCUGAGGUACAAGCAUCAUGCCAAGGUACACAGGACAGUGUCCCAUCCACUGUUCCUGAAGCUAUCCGACCUGAACACAGAUUGCAGCCUGGAGCAACAGCACUACAAGAACACCGUCAAAAAAUGCUUCCAAACACCAAAGAACCUGAAAUAAAUGGCAGAGUAAACACCAGCCGCCUGCCAAUGGGUAUAACUUGGUGCAAGGAGAACAGUUUGGAAUUAAGCACAACUGCCAAAGAGGAGUGUUCGAGCCCAGAGGCUGGGAUGUCAGAGGAAGCGGAGCCAACCAACCUAAGCUGCCGGGGAGGUUCCAUUGAAGACUUUCUUGAAGUGGACAGUAAUAAGAUAAAGGAGUCAAGUGUGAAUAAAGCCAGUGCUGAAACCGAGGAUGUGGUGAAAUUGCAAUUGGACACACAUUCCAGUGUACAUCUUGAUCACAGCCGUAGUUCUAAUCUCUCUGAUAUCCUGGAGGAAGAGGAGGAUGUGGAAGAAGAUGAUUGCAAUGUUGUUCCCAGUGCCAAAAAAUGGGGACAGUCGUCAACAAGUACAGGUGGAGACAGUUCUGGGAAGUUGGACUGUUGUGAGACAGACAGCGAUGAGGAAAUUCUUGAAAGGAUUUUGGAUCUACCUUUACAGAAACAUUGCAGUAAGAAGUUAUUUAGCAUCCCAGAGGUGACUGAAGAAGAGGAUGAAGAUGAAGAUCUCUCUCCUCACAUUGUUUCUAAGAAUCCACAGUGUAGUAUGGAGCCACAGAAGUACAAGUAUGGAAAUCCCCACAAAGCCUUCUCCACAAAAAACGGAUCUACAAGUUCAUUAAACCUACCCACGGAGACACCCAUCAAAGUGAGCGUGAUGAACCACAAGAAAGUGGAAUGUGGGGAAGACUGUGUCUUUCUUGAUGAGGACUUUUGUCCUAAAUCAAAGAGUUGUGUUUAUCAGUCUCCAUCGGACAUAAGGCCUCCAGUCUCUGAAAACCAGAUGUGGAAAGCAAAAAGGAUCAGCUAUGAUAAUGACAGAGCUUGCUGUUUCAUAGAGCCUAAUCGAAAGAAGCAGAGUGAUAGUCGGGAGCACUGCAGCCGAAUGUCCACAAAUUCUAAUCAAGGUGGCUUUUACACCCCUCGAUCAAACAAACCGAAAGAGCCAUUAUCUUGUGGUACAGCUCGAGACACCUCCCAAACAAACCACAAAAGCCUAAGGAAUAAACCGUCUCGAAAUACUCAAAGGCGUCGCCUGCUUGGCUCCUCUAAUUUCAAACCUAAAGCUCCUGGGUCUUUUAGCAGUAGCCAUUUAGAAAUUGAUGUAGAAUAUGACACAGAAGAUGAGGAAGAGCCGUCUUUCCCAGCCCAUAACACCAGCCGGGCUAAAGUUGAUCUUUGGGAAGAUGGUUCUCAGACUGACCGGGAAGGUUUGAGUGAAAGCUCUGGUUACUCUGAGCCGAUCCAGUAUACAAGAAAGAAAAAUGACGUGAAGAGACAAAAUAAAGAACAUGGCACAGGAGAAUAUCUUAAGGGAACCCAAUCCCUUCCCCUGAGCUGCAAAAAAGAUGGUUCGGUUCACAGAGCAGCAAGUAGUAGAAGUAUGCGAUCAGUUCAGUGGGAAUGUGAUGGAAAGGAGGAUUUAACUGAAGAUCCAAAGAUCUGCUCACAGCUCAGUCCUACUGGAUACCUAACAUCAGACAGGAAGACGGGCACAAGUCGUCUGACUUCAGACUCUGAGUCGGAUGCUGCACAUUCCACACAGCCAGAGUGUUGUCAAGAAAGACUAUUAGAAGAUAAACUUUGCCCCUCAAAAGAACAGGAAGCAAAUUCUGUUAGGCUUUUUGUAGCCCUUUUUGAUUACGAUCCAGAGACGAUGUCACCUAAUCCAGAGGCAUAUAUGGAAGAACUUCCCUUUAAAGAGGGACAGAUUUUACAGGUGUUUGGCGAUAAAGAUGCUGAUGGCUUUUACCAUGGCAAAUGUGCAGAAAGAACUGGGUACAUCCCUUGCAACAUGGUCUCUGAAUUACGUAUCGAGAGUGAAGAAGUCAGAAUGCAGCUUUUGAGACGGGGUCACCUAACACCAACUUCUCUACUAAGUGACUUGGUGCAACGUUCCUCUGCUCCGGAAGAGAAUAAUGCUGCAGGGAUACGGCUAAAGACCAGUAGAUCGGAUCUAAGCAACUCCAUAUCAAUGGUGGCUAUAUUUGAUUAUAAUCCAAAAGAAAGUUCUCCCAACCUUGAUGUUGAGGCAGAGCUAAGCUUUAUUGCGGGAGAUGUCAUCACAGUAUAUGGACCAAUGGAUGAAGAUGGAUUUUAUUAUGGGGAAUUAAAUGGUAAAAGGGGAUUUGUACCAUCCAAUUACUUGGAAGUCUCACCGACUCAGGCUCCCGAAUCAAAAUGUCCAGGAAUAGUCCAUAAAAAAGGUGAAAAAGAGAGGUUGAGAAGAAGAACCAAGUGAUAGAUUUAGACAGAAAGGGACAGACACACAUUUUAGUCUUAAUUCGGCCAUUGACCAGCCAAGCUUAAUUCCCAACGAACUCCAUGAGCAACCAGUCGAACUCAAGGAGAAUUCAGAACAAGUAGAUUUGCAUCAAGGGAUCGCCUCCACUAAGAAAAAAAAAAGCUUCUUCUCAAAAGGGAGAAAAUUGUUUAAAAAGCUGGGGUCUUCUGGAAAGAACUUGUAAAUUUGGCCUGGUCUGUCCAAGCUGUCAUACAGCAAUAAUACUACUUCAUGAUGUGGAUGCUUUUAUCGGUCAGUGUCCCAUCUGCUGGCCCUGUCUGGUAUUGGUCAGCAUUGCCACUCGUAAAUAGUAUUUAUCGUUAAACUGCUUGUGAGAAGUUUCUUGGUGUCUGUGACAGCAAGAGAUCACUAUGAAUGUACAUGGAUAGUGUCUAAAUUCAUUGUAAGAACAGGAAACAGACUGUUACUGAUAACACUAAGAACUACAAAGGGGAACCAAAAGCCUGGAUUUUGCAAGCUUUCCUGUGCUAUGUACCAUACGUAACUGGUUCCCUGGGCUCAUCACUUGUGCACUUGAUAAGCGACCAUGUCUUAGGACAGCAAGGAAUGUUUGCACUGCGUUUUCUCCUUAACUUUUAUGCUACGUCUUGGAAAAUUUGUGCAGAAAGUAUUAUUUCUGCUAUAACUGCUCAUCCCCAUACAGGAAAGAACAAACGCCAAACUAGAGACCUCAGAGAGACUUGAUAGCGCUUAUCCAUUUUCAAGGAAAAUAGCUUAUGUUAUGUUAUGUUGUGUGCAUGUUGGAAACAGAAUGUUCCUUUGCCUUAUUUUAAUAUAUAUUUUUUGUUUGUUUUUUUAACUUGUUUACAAAAAAAAUCCUAUCUGCUCUGAGCAGAGAAUGACGGUGUUGGUUUGAAGGCAGAAGUUUGUAUACAUAGCCACUCGGAGAGCAUCUUAUUCCAUCUUGUCGUUAUGCUCCUCUCCUGUUAUCGGAGCCAUCUUGGUGUACUCGUGACCAGCAUUUUGAUGCUUUCUGUGUUAAAGUUAUUUAUUUUGCAUGUUUGAAGCAGAAAAGAAGUAAAAUUGUUUAAAUGUUUGGGAUAAUAACUCCC